AUGCGCGGCUCGGCAGCCGUUCAGCCAAGGUCCGUGGCACCUGUGGAUCAUCCCAUGGUGGCCAACUGCCAAAGACCACUGCAGCCAAUGGUCGCACAAACACAGAGGCUUCAAGCCCGUCCUCACAUGACGCUGCCAGCGGCUCAUGGGUCACAGGCGCAUGCCUUCAGACCACAGCUCGUUCAGCAAGUGGCCAGGCCGAUAAGUGUGCAAAUGGCCGCACAAAGCACAGGGCCGGCACACGCAGGUCCUCCCACCGGCGGCCAAUUCAUGCCAGAGCCACGACGCUGGGAGCCACCUCAGCUUCAAAAGGAAAGGUCUGCGCCCAUUCCAACCCAGGUAGGCGACAGCGUUGCUCACCUCUCCACGCCACAGUUGGUUCAGCUUUGCAAACACCACACCCAAAGCCUUGAGACCAAGAAGCAAAUCUUGGCAGAGAAUGUCAAAGAACAAGGCAGACUUCUAAAGGAGCGCGAUGCACUUCGAAAGCGAGCGCAGGCACUGGAAGGCGCUCUGAGCGCCGCCACAGGACCCUUAAGCAUCCAGCCGGCCAAAGAAGUCGAGGGUCCUGUGGUCGCGCCAGCGCAGGUCUCCACUCAAGCACCGGCAGCACAGAUGGCGAAAGCAGUGACGCCUGAACCCGCUACUCUACCGAGGGCGUCACCCACAGUGCAUUCUGGUGCAGCAACGUCACCCGCGCUAGCCGUCGGUGGAGAUUUUGUGAACCACACUGUGAGGUCGGCAGAAGUGUCGCAAUCAGCUGCGCCAGACACACCAGCCGAGCCCUGUCGCCCAAGCUUACUGGCCACCCUCCCAGCUCAGCAGAUUCCUUCAAGUGCUGUGGACAGGUUACUUGCGUCCCAGCCUGCUCAGCGGGAUCAUGCAGGUCCCGGGCAAAGCCCUGACGGCCAGCUCUCUGUACCUUCCAGUACAGCACCACACCCGACCAACACCGCAGCAUUUGCAUCACUGUCAACAUGUAUUGCAAGCAGCGGCGAGCUGCCGACCAGCGUGCCUACACACGCAACACACGACACUCUCACGACAGCUCUGCCAGCUGUUUCACUACCCACACCACGACCAUCUGACAGUCAGCCGACAGGGCCUCUUCAACAGCCUCAGCAGCUGCCAGUCCAUGAAGUGGUGACAGCACCGGUCCAGCAGCCAGACCCUGUUGCUCUGUCUGGUGGAGCAGAACUGCACACUACGCCUCUGGAAGCUGAACCCGAGCAGACGGAACAGGAAAUUCAGGAAAGUGUUGCUGCAAGAAGUCCCGUCAGCAGUCCUGCAAAACCGACAUCCCCGGAGGAAGCGGCUGGCGUUGCAGUUUCGCCCGGACAGUUGGGUAGUCCCCAGCCUCCAGUCAAACCCAUCUUCACAGCAUUCAGCGAAUCGCCGUCGAGCCCUUCGCAGCUGCCCUGCAGCGGUGAUGCUGCAGCUGGUGUAGGCGGUCCCGUGGCGGAAGAGUCCAAGGCGUCCCCGCAUGCCCUGGUCUUGGGCAGCCUGGACGGCAGCAGUGUCGUGCCCGACUGCGACAACCUGGCAAGCAGGGAAGAGAGCACUUCACCGCAGGCACCCACGCCGGAAACGGUUGCGGCACCGGCGGCACAUGCGGUGACGCAGCCCCAAUCACCCGAGCCACAGGCGGCCAAGAUGGACAGCGUGCCCAUUCCCGAAGAAGUCAUGGCACGAGCCCUUCCGGAUGGCACCAUUAGGUUGACGUGGUUCUUUGACGAGGAACUGCUCGAGCAGCUUUCUAGCGGUACUCCGAACACUCUCUGCUUCGAAAUUUGCCAGAAGUCAGAGACGAUGGGAGGCCACGUAAGAAUCCGACAGCACAGCUGCCACGUCAGACUGCCUUUCAAAGACGGUCUUGUCCAGGAGCAGUUCUUCAUCGUGGAGGGUUGUGCGCCGGGUCGCCCCUACUCUUUCAGUGUUCGGAGCUGCCUUGAGUCUUCGUCGGGAUCGACGCAGGUGUCCGACUAUAGCGACCCUGUGACUUGCAGCGCUGCAGGCCUAGCAGGGUCAGUGCGCGGUCCUCUGUCUUUGUCGUCCACCUUGACUUCGACACAAGCGGCCCAAGAGAUCGGAGUUGUCAAAGGAGAUGGGGCCAUUCUUGUGCCACGAGAGGCAACGGGAAGUGGGCCAGUGGAGAGUCCGCCCUGCAGCUUGCAGAAAGCUCGCGAUGACCAGCCCUUCCAAGCAGCAAAGCCGGAGUUGCGAAGCGAUCGAUUACUACCAGAUGAAGGAUGCCGCCUCCGACAGUGGCUGACGGACAAACUCAACCCAUCACCUGGCUCGACGGCCGCCUCCACUGCGAAGUCUCCUGCAGGAGGUGACAACUCCAUGUCUGUGAAGCCAGCGUCCGCUCAGCAGGCUGGCUCGCCACCGCAACUACAGACUGACCACAGCUUUCUGAGGCGGUGGCUGCAAGACCGUCAACUUCCAGCUGAGGUUGUGCAACCAGCAGCAGGUUCACCCGCGGCCGGUGACAGAGCUGCUCAGGCUCCCGUGGCUCCUGUGGCUCCCCUUAACAAGCGGGUCCAGGAGGAGUCUGCAGAGCCAGAUGCUCCCGUGCUUGCAGGUCUAGCACCCGUUCAGAGAAGCGCUGCUGCGAGCACUGCUGCGAGCUACCAGCCGUUGAGGUCUGAUGCCGAUGUCGACAUCACGCGGCUGCCAGCCGACCAGGGUCGAGUGCAAGUGCCAGGUGCUGCGGAUCGGAGGCACGAGACGAAUCCACCGUCUUGCCCAGACUUCAGGGUGCAUGUCCGGGCGGACGGCACCUUCAUUGGGGCCGCACGCUCGCAGUCCUUUGGAGGAGUGGAGCGACGACAGACUCUCGCCUCGGGCCAGAUGCCUGGCCAGGCAGACAUGCCGCGGUCCGUGCGGCACUGCCAGGCAUUUAGCCCGGUGUCGCGCGACGUCCGCGGCCAGCAGCUGCCGAUGUCAAUCUCCAUCGCGCCGCCGUCGCCCAGCGGCUCCUUCGCAAGCCAAGCAGGCCUGUCCAGACCGGCAGAUGCCCUCACCACCGUCACCAGCCUGCCGCAAGCAGGAGGGACGGCAUGGAAAACAGGCCAGCCGAUGGCCCAAGACCCUUUCCAGACGAGGCCUCUUCAGAGCCAGGGUCAGUCUGCCCUCCUGGCGCCCUUCGGGGGCAUGGGCUCAUCGGAUGCGGCCAACUACCUGUUUGGACCGAUCAAUCCGAACCCUUUCGGAACGGGGGCCAUCGGAACGACGCGCCCCUUCAAUUUUUCCGCACUAGGAGGAUCCGUGCGCGACGCACCGAGCGGCAACUUCUUUGCAAAGCAGAGCUCGACGCCUACCUCCUACAUGAGUCGAGGCAUCGAUGAGGAGCAGUCCCGGCCUUUCGACCCUCCGCCACCACGCAGCGCGCCGUCACUGUACGGUGACAGCAGUGUGCAGUCAGCCCCCAUGCAGCAAGCGCAGCAUCCACAGCAAAGCAUUCCCUGGAACGAGCCGCGUCGAGGUGCUUCCGGAAGUAUCGGCGGCUUUGGAGCUGUGCAAAGUGGUCUCAGCGGCGCCGUCGGCGGCGGUGUCGGAGUCACGCAGAACCUGGGAUCCUUGGAUGCGCAGGGCUUGAGCAGAGGCAACCAAGCGAGAUACGAACUGAGAGUUCGAAUGUCAGACAGUCACUGGGAAAGCUUGAGAUUCUCAGCCGGUGACGACCUGGAUUUUCAAGGAAGGCAGUUUAUUCAAAGACUCGGUUUGAAGAGUGCCUUUCUUUCCGGCCUCGUGGCAAGAUUGCGGCAGAUGGCGUCAAUUCAGCAGGAUUAUGCCUGUGUGGAUGUGGUGGAUCUCAUUUGA